AUGUCUGUCAGAAUGACGACGUUCCUACCUCACAAGGCACCCUUGACGGAGAAGAACCUUCCUGACCAGCGAAACAAGGUCUUUAUAAUUACAGGCGCAUCAGGCGGCAUUGGAUCCGAACUCGCCGAGAUUCUGUACGGCAAGAAUGGCAAGGUAUACUUGGCCGCCCGCUCUCAGUCCAAGACAGAUCAAGUCAUCAAGUCCAUUCGAGAAAAGCAUCCCUCCUCGACGGGCGAUCUCAUCUUUUUGAACUUGGUCUUGGACGACCUGACCACCAUCAAGGCCACCGCCGAAGAGUUUCUGUCCAAGGAAACGCGGCUCGACGUUUUGUGGAACAACGCCGGCGUCAUGGUCCCGCCUCAGGGGUCCACGACAAGGCAGGGCCAUGAGCUGCAGUAUGGCAUAAACAAUAUUGCCCAUCAAAUGUUCACCAGCUUGUUGCAACCCGUGCUGGAAAAGACUGCACAGUCUUGCCCGGCCCACUCGGUCCGUGUCGUCUGGGUAUCCUCGAGCGCAGCAGAUGGUGCCCCCCACCCAGCCAUCAACUUUGACAACAUGUAUUACCACAUGGAAGAGGGCAUCUGGUCCAAGUAUUCUCGAAGUAAAGCUGGAAAUGUGCUGCAAGCCGUCGAGUUUGCCCGCCUGACCCAAAAUUCAGGCGUUUGCAGCUUGGCCCUCAAUCCCGGUAAUUUUGUCACCAACUUGCAGCGAAACAUGCCAAAGAUGCAGCUCGCCAUGUUUAAGCUCAUUGCGCACGAGCCGAGGAAUGGUGCAUAUACCGAGUUAUUUGCGGGGCUGCACCCUUCCAUCGACGAAAAGGAUAAAUGGGUGUCCCCAUUCGGAAAGGUGGAAAAAGCGAGAAAGGACCUUUUGGACCCUACACUCGCAAAGAAAUAUUGGAAUUGGUGCGAAGAACAAUAUCAAGCCUUUAUGUAG